AAGACCGAACCUAUUUACUAUAGGCCUGCCAAGCCAUCACGUCCACCACAGAAACGCGUCUCCCAGCAAGCACAACUCACCAUUCGCACCGACAACAUCCACAAUGCCGCCGAAACGAAAACAACCCGCUAUCGCCGGCGUGCACACGAACGGCGAUACUGCUCCCGCUGCCAACCCUAUUAUUCCACCCGUAACGCUCCUCGUCGCCCCAGAAACGCCCAGCAAGCGCCGGCUACGGGACGAGGACGCCGGCAGCGAAGUGUCGCCGUCCCCGCGGAAGACGAUCCUCAAAGACCCCAAUCUUGCCACGCCGAGGCGAGCAGAUCGUGUGCGGUUCACCGCCGAGGUGGGGGAGGGGGCGUCGCCGCCACACGUCGUUACGAAUGCGGACAGGAGCGCCAGACGGAAGUCGAUGCGCCGCCUGGUGGAAGCAAGCGAUGACGAAGACGGCGACGACGACGACGGGGAUGACGAGCUGGUUCGGAGGAUCUAUGCGGAUGAGGAGGACGCGAUAGAGGAGCCGGAGCCAAAAGCCAAAGCGGCGGGUAGAGGCGCAAAGGCGAAGAAGCGGGAGGCGUCGCCGCCGCCGACAUCCCUCGAGGGCCCGGAAUCCUACUUCCACCAGAACCGCAAGACACGGCAGCACACGUCGACGAGCACGCUCGCCUCGCUGAAGCAGAUUGAUCACGGCAUGUACUUCCAGCUGCUCCGCGACCACCCCGCCGAUCACGUGCCGGACCGAGAGUGGCUACACCAGAUCCACACCCAGCAGUUCAACCAGUGGAUCUUCGAGCUGUCACAGGGCUUCAACAUCCUUCUAUACGGGUACGGGUCAAAGCGCAAGCUUUUGAUGGCAUUCGCCGAGAAAAUCUACACACAUCCCGGAAGCGUCGUCGUGGUGAACGGAUACCUCCCCACGCUCAGCGUCAAAGACGUGCUCGGAACCGUCGCUACCGCGCUGCUGGGCAGUAAUCACAACGUCAAGCUCGGUGCUUCGCCGAACGACAUGCUGAGCAACCUCCUCUCGCUCCUCGACGAGCCGUCGGCGGGGAGAAUGACGCUGGUAUUCCACAACAUCGACGGGGAGGCACUUCGCCAGGAGCGGUCACAGGCCAUCAUCACAAGGCUAGCCGCCCAUCCCAAGAUCAGCCUCGUAGCGAGCGUGGACCACAUCCGCGCACCGCUGCUAUGGGAUGCCGCACGGGUCUCGCAGCUCAACUUCCUCUGGCACGACGCGACCACCUUCGAGUCAUAUUCCGUCGAGAUCCCGGUCGACGAGGUUCUCUCGCUGGUCGAUGGCGCAGGAAGAGCGGGUGGUACCAAGGGAGUGAAAUACGUCCUCGCUUCGCUCCCCAACAACGCUAAAUCCCUCUUCAGGAUCCUCGUCAGCCAUCAGCUGCAGGCUAUGGUCGAGGAUGGCGAUGCCGCGAAAGGGAAGAAACGCGAUGCUAGCGAGUACGGCGUCGAGUACCGCGUACUGUACCAGCGCGCCGUCGGGGAAUUCAUCUGCAGCAACGAUGUUGCAUUCCGCACCCUGCUUAAAGAGUUUAUGGACCACCAAAUGGUAACCAGCAAGAAGGACAGCCAGGGGACGGAGGUGCUAUGGGCGCCGUUCAGAAAGGAGGACUUGGAGGGUGUGUUGGAGGAUAUUCUAGUUGUUUAGGUGAUACCCCAGUUGAUUUGGUUUGUGCGGGGAUUUGAUUUUUUUUCUUGUCGUUGGUGAUGGCUUGCUUGCGGAGAGCCGGUUGCAUUGCAUUGCGUGGAUUGAAUAGAUAAUAUAUACGAGUUCCGGCUGGGAGCAUAACAA